AUGAAAGUGGGAAUUAUUGGAGGAAUUAGUUCAUAUUUGAGUUAUUUAGUUUGGAAUAACUAUAAUAGCAAUCAAGUUGAAUUGUAUUCAUUAAAUAAUGAAUUGCAAAAUGAAAUUGUCAAAAACUGUCCAUCUCUUACAUCUUAUAGACCUCCUGCAUUUUAUUGUGGAUUUCUACAUACAGUAAUUCCCACUAUCUCAAGACCAAAAGAGAAGCACAUAUCUUUUUUCGAGAAGUUAGGGGAUACAGGCAUUUCAGUAGAUUUUGUGGAUAAGGGACAAUCAAUUAAUUCUAAUCAACCAUUAUUAUUAAUAAUUCCAGGAUUGACAGGAAAAGUGUAAAAUGGGUAAGCUUAUGUGAAUAGCCUCAUUACGUAAGCUCAUCAAUAUGGCUUUAAUAAUAUUGGCAUUUACACUUAUAGGAUGUUAUCAAAGGAUGCCGAUUUCCAUUUUGUGCCUCCCUUUUAAGAUUAUGGAAUUGAUUUUCAGGGGGCAGACAAGGAAUAUUUUAGGGAUGAUGUUGUUACUGGGUAAACGACAAGGAUAGAUUUACCAGCUGAUUUACACUACACGUUAAAAUAUAUAAAGGAUAAAUACAAAUUCAAAUAGAUAUUAGCCAUUGGUUGUUCUUAUGGUGGCGUGUAAUUAGGAAAUUAUUUAGGAAGAUUUUAAGAGCAUUCAUAUAUUGAUGCGGGUGUAACUGUAUGUUCACCACAUAAUAUCACUGAUUGCGAAAGCAAUAUUUCCACUAUCAUGGAUUUUACAAUGACAUAUAUAUUAAGAAGAGGAUUGAAUAUAAAUAGACAUUUAUUUGAUGAUCAAAAAAAUUAUCCAUAGCAAUGGAAACCAUCAAUAUCUAAAGCAAUGAAUUCUUUGUUUGUUCAUCAAUUUGAUAGGUAUUAUACAUCUCAAAUAUAUGGAUAUAAAUCUGAAGUUGAAUAUUAUAAACAUUUUUCUUCAUCUGAUAGAUUUUCGCACAUUAAAAUACCUAUGUUAUGUAUAGCUUCCAAAGAUGAUUAUGCUGUUAACAUAAAAGCAUUGUCUUUAGAUAAAUUACUUUCAAAUAAAUAAACAAUUGUUUGUUUAGCUCAAUGUGGAGGGCACAUAGGUUUUUUAGAAGGUUUGAAUGCUGAUAGCACUUGGUUUCCAAAACCUGCUUUGGAAUUCUUACGACAUUUUUCAAAGGAAUAAAAAAUAGAAUUUAAAGCUAUAUGA